AUGACUUUCCGUUUGUCUGGGUUUCGAAGCUUUCCUGAGCUUUGGAAGAACAACAAGAAGGUAUGCCUUGGGUUAUGUUCAGGAAACUCUCAUCUCUCUCUCUUUCUUUUGGACGGCUAUGGCAUCAGGAACCAACAGAGGUGGUUCUCUUUUACAACAGUGUCUCCACAGAAUUCCAAAGCAUUGAAUCUGCUGAAUGGCAAGACCAGGUAUCGCGGGAAAGAAGAUGAGAGAAAUAAUAAGCAAGUUUCUUCUGAUUCUCAUCUUUUUGCAGCUGGAGCAGCUAAGAAGAGAUCACAGAUGAAUCCUCAGAGUAAAGAUCAUAUCUCACCACCUGUGAGGAACACUGUUCAGCUCCCAACAAAACCUUUGAAUUCAGAGGAAUGGGAUAAACUUAAAGAAGAUUUCAAAGGAAAGGCCAAUUUUGAAAAUUGGAUCAGCUCACAGAUAACUCACGGCCAUAGCUCUAUAGAUGUGGCCAAAUCUCUGCUGGCAUGGGUAGCUGCAAAAAACAAUGGUAUCGUAAGCUACGAUUUACUGGUCAAAUAUUUGUAUCUCUGUGUCUUUCAUAAGCAGACAUCAGAGAUUAUUGAUGUCUAUGAAAUCAUGAAAGCCAGAUAUAGACGUUUAGAACCAGGGGGUUACACUCUUCUCAUCCAGGGAUUGAUCCAUUCAGACAGAUGGAGAGAGGCUUUGCUGCUAUUAGAAGAUAUCAAAAAAGUGAUGAUCCCUUCAAAAAAGAACUAUAAUGACUGUAUCCAGGGAGCUCUUUUUCAUCAAGAUGUAAACACAGCUUGGACUCUGUAUCAGGAAUUGCUAGGUCAUGAUCUUAUUCCUAUGUUGGCAACUUUAAAAGCUUUCUUUGAUUUUGGAAAAAAUAUAAAAGAUGAUCAAUAUACAAAGAAACUACUGGACAUUCUUCUGUAUCUAAGAAACAAUCAGCUAUAUCCUGGGGAGUCUUUUGCACAUAGUAUAAAAACAUGGUUUGAGAGUAUUCCUGGAGAACAAUGGAAAGGACAAUUCACCACAGUCCAGAAAAGUGGUCAAUGUUUGGGGUGUGGAAAAACCCUCGAGUCUAUUUACCUGAGUCCAGAAGAGUAUGAACUUCUCAAGGAAAAUGUCAUGAGCAAUGUGAUAGAUGGAGGUGACCAAUACAAAAAGACAACGCCUGAGGAACUUAAGAGAUUUCAGAACUUCGUAAAGUACUGUCCUCCUUUUGAUAUUGUCAUCGAUGGGCUCAAUGUUGCCAAGAUGUUUCCUAAAGCUCGUGAAUCUCAAGUUCUCUUAGAUGUGGUCUCUCAGCUAGCCAGACAGAAUCUGCGACUGCUGGUCCUAGGCCGGAAGCACAUGCUCAGGCAGUGUUCCCGGUGGAAAAAGGAUGAGAUGGAAAAAGUGCAAAAGCAAGCAAGCUGUUUCUUUGCUGACAAUAUCUCGGAGGAUGAUCCAUUCCUUCUGUAUGCCACACUGCACUCGGGGAACCACUGCAAGUUUAUCACAAAAGACCUGAUGCGGGACCACAAAGCUUGUCUGCCUGAUGCCAAGACCCAACGCCUGUUCUUUAAAUGGCAGCAAGGACAUCAGCUGGCAAUUAUUAAUAGGUUUCUAGGAUCAAAAAUAACCUUUCAGCAUAUUCUCAGCUAUGACACAGUGGUGCAAACAACUGGAGACUCAUGGCAUAUACCAUAUGAUGAAGAUCUGGUGGAAAGAUCCUCCUAUGAAGUGCCAAACAAAUGGCUUUGCCUUCACCGGAAGAUGUGAAGACUCUUACCCUCUAUACUAAGUUUGUGUUUGGGGCCCUCCUGGUUGGCAGCAGAGCUCUUAAGUUGAUGCCUGUCUAGGGCAUUGCCUAUGUCCUGAAGACUAAAGGAUUCUGUUAACA